GAAACAUUUGGGGUCCUUUUACUUCACGUGUGCGCCUACUGCUCUGCCAUCGUGAGACGGAACCAUGCCGAAGUCAAGGAGGGACAAGAAAAUUUCGUUAACGAAAACCGCCAAGAAGGGACUGGAGACAAAACAGAAGCUAAUCGAGGAGUUACGGAAAUGUGUGGACAUCUACAGAAACCUCUUCAUAUUCUCUGUGGCCAACAUGAGGAAUAACAAGCUGAAAGACAUCAGGACAGCAUGGAAACACAGCAGAUUCUUCUUCGGCAAAAACAAAGUCAUGGUUGUUGCUCUGGGGAGACGAGAUACAGACGAAUACAAAGAUAAUUUGCACAAGGUCAGCAAGUAUCUGCGUGGAGAAGUGGGUGUACUAUUCACAAACAAAACCAAGGAUGAAGUACAGGAGUAUUUCAGUCAUUUCAAAGAGAUGGACUUUGCUCGUGCAGGCAACCAGGCACAGAUGGACAUAACUCUGGAUGAGGGACCUCUUGAACAGUUUCCUCACUCAAUGGAACCCCAGUUGAGACAAUUAGGACUUCCCACUGCUCUCAAAAAAGGAGUGGUAACGCUGCUGAAAGACCAUGAAGUCUGUAAAGAGGGAGACGUGUUAACUCCUGAGCAGGCUCGUAUUCUGAAACUCUUUGCUAUUGAAAUGGCAGAAUUCAAGGUGCAGAUCAAAUGUAUGUGGAACUCUGAAACAGGGGAGUUUGAGAACUUUGCUGGAGAAGGAGAGCCUAUGCAGGAUAAUGAAGAUGACGAUGAAGAAGAUGACGAUGAAGCAGAAUGAAACUGCAGGAGUGUGUACACAUUACUUUUUAAGUCAUUUUUUGCCAGCCUUCAGCAGUGGAGGGACAUUUGUUUGGAAGUCUUUCAUUCUGACUGCCUGUGCUGUCAGGGAGGCCGUAAUCUCGCUUUUUUAAUAUAUAUAUAUAUAUAUAUAUA